ACACCACACACACACACACUGAGAAAAUGAAUCUGGUCAACGCCGCCCUUGACUUUUUCAUGCCGCCGGCUAGCUUGCUGAUGCUGGCCUUUGCAUGGCCGACUCUGUUUUUGGUCAACGCGGGCGAGAGGAUUUACAAGAGUUACUACGACAGUGAAAACAUGGAUAACAAAGUGGUGCUCAUCACUGGUGCCUCCUCUGGCAUUGGAGAGCAAAUCGCAUAUCAAUACGCACAGCGAGGAGCAAAUCUCGUGCUCAUCGCACGACGGGAAAACAGGCUGAGAGGAAUAAGCGAGAACGCGAGACGGCUGGGGGCUCCGAACGUGUUGAUAAUGGCUGCCGAUGUUGUCAAGGAAGAAGAAUGUAGGAGAUUCGACAUAAAUUUCUGGGGCAAUGUGUACCCGACUUAUGUGGCGCUACCUUAUUUGCGGGAGAGCAAUGGGCGUAUCGUAGUGAAUGCUUCUGUCGAGAACUGGUUGCCCCUUCCUAGGAUGAGCUUGUACUCUGCUGCGAAAUCGGCACUGAUGAACUUUUACGAGACGUUGAGGUUUGAGGUGAAAGAUGAAGUUGGGAUAACUGUAGCAACCCAUGGUUGGAUCGGAACUGAGAUUGCUGGCGGCAAGUUUAUGGUCGAGGAAGGUGCUGAGAUGCAGUGGAAAGAGGAACGGGAAGUACAUGUGUCGGGUGGCGCAGUGGAUGAGUUUGCAAAGCUGAUAGUGGCGGGGGCAUGCAGGGGGGACCCGUAUGUGAAGUACCCGAGCUGGUACGACAUAUUCUUCUUGUAUCGAGUUUUUGCUCCAAAAGUUCUCUACUGGACUUUCCGGUUCCUCCUAAGUAAUGGCGGUGGUGUGAAAAGAGUGACUUCGUAUAUUGGCACCGGGCGGCCGCUCAUAGAGGCGGCUGCCAGCUCCUCUCCUCCGCGGAAACAGCUCUAUCUGGAGGCUGCAUCUCCACCUCCGAGCUUCUAUGGGACUUCCUCACACCAGAGGAAAUUCGAGUAAAAAAACUAGUCUUCGAGGUGUUUUUAAUGUUUGAUGAUGUGUUUUCUUUUUCUUUAUAACUUUGUGUGUUGAUGCUUGUGGAGUGAUUGGAUUGUUGAUGAUGGGUUUGAAUAAGCAGCAAAAGAACUGCAGAUUUGCUAUGCUCUUCUGAUCUUUUUCAGCAUAUUUAUUAUUUAAUGAAACUUGAGA